CUGAAGUCGUCUAUUUUUAAUUCUCAUCUUGCAGCUUGGCAUCCUCAGCUUUAUACACAACAGCCAUUACCACCAUGCACACAAACUAUUGCCGAGCAUUGUUGUUCUGAUCCAGGCCUCCACAGUCUCUUCAGCCACUCACAUUUGGGUCAACUCCUGCAUGAUCUAGCUACUUUGUGGCCGCUGGCCCCGGUAUUCGCACGAUCAUAUCUCCGACGCAGCCUAAUUGAGCUACCACUUCAAGUGACCGGGUCUACUGGCAAAGCGAUUACAAUACCGCCGAACCAAGUUUUUCAACAUCUGGUUUCUCGGCACCAUGCCUACGGUAUUCAGGUAAGAAAAAAACUGUGGGUUUAUUUAUUUUCAUAG